AUGAAGCGGCUCAUCCUCACCCAUCUCCGCUCCGUGGUCAGCCCCACCCUGGACCCGCUGCAGUUCGCCUACAGACCCAACAUCGGAGUAGAGGACGCCGUCAUCUACUUCCUGCAGCAGACGCUCUCCCACCUGGAGCCCGCCGGGAGCGCUAUGAGGAGAGGACAACACAUUGGAGCCGAGGACAACCUGGACUGCCCUGAGCUCAUCGAAGCGUGUCCUCCGUCACAAACGCAACAUCUGAGCGACAACCCUAAGAAGAGGCAAGCGAAGUCAUCCCAAAGAAGAGGGCGCCGAGCAGGAGACGGAGAUAUCUCAUCAGCAGACCUGGGACAGCCUCCUCACUGCCGACUCAGCAACUGGACAGACUGCAAACCUCAGCCCAGCUCUCGCCAGGAGCCUGCAAUGCAUCAAUCCGGCUCCACAGACCUACGAGGAGAGCUCAUGUUUUUUAGUCAAAUGAAGGUGGAUGUGAGUGGUAGGAAAGAGUUGAUUGUUGAGACUGUUGGGUGGGGAUUUGGGGUGUAUGGGGUUGGGGGGGGUAGGGAGAACAGAACUGGGGGGGUAUGGGGGUAG